AACAUCGCAAUCUUUUCUGCAAGGCCUUUUCAUUCUCAGCCUUUGAUCACAGAGAGAGAAAGAGAGAUUGACUGAUUGAUAGACGGAGAGUGAGUUGGUUUAGCGAUGGAGGCACAAAUCUGUGUUGACAGCACGGAUACAACUAUUACUUGUGCAGCAGAAUGUGGAGAGGCAGUAGCUACGAUUCGCAGGGCCAUGGACGAGCUGAAUGCCUGCCUGGUGAAAGUCAACAUCGAUACGAGCGGCGAGAGUACUGAGCCGGGCCAGCAACCAACAGCAUCAAGCAACGAAUUGGUCGUGUCCUGUCCAACGUCAACCGUCAAAGCUGAUGUUCUACAAUGUUUAGCCACGCUACGACAGAACCUGGCACAGCUGCUUGACGAAGUGAAAUCGGUGAAAUCGUCUGAAAUGUCUUCUCCCAGCGCUGCAUCCACCGCCGCUGAUCUGUCGUCGCAGGUUCGACGAAUGUUGUCAGCACUUGGUGUCGAAAGUUGCGGUGACGUGGAAGCCUCCAUAGCCCUACUUCAAGAACAGCUCAAGAAGAGCGAAUCCGAUCGGCUCAAGCAGAAAGUGGAACUGGAUGAGCUACGGGCGUGGAAAAAAUUGGAAACUUCAAAUGAAGGAGAGUGUAAAUCAUACGCUGUACGCUUGGAAGUGGAGCUUUCUCGUCUACGCCAAUCCUACUUGGCUACAAAGGCGGAUAAGAAGAGGCUGAAGAGCGAGAAAAGUGAUUUACUUCAGCAAAUGAAGCACCUGUACAGUACACUUCAAAAUAAGGAAGACGAGGUGAGACAGUACAUUGACUCGUAUGAAAUGCGUCUGCAUGAGUACGAAGACAGUUUACGACAGGUGGAAGCAGAGAAGGAAGGCAUCGAGAGAGAGAAGUGGGAUAUAUUGAUCCGAGCUAGGGAAAGCUCAGAGCGCUCUGUCAUCUUGCGGACCCAGUUGGAUGCCAAAGAUACGAUGGUGCGUGCACUUGAAGAGGAGCUGUCCAGAUCGAAGAUGCACUGUGCUCAAAAAGGUUCCACCAAUGGUUCCUAUGUUACUCCUAACAAUUGCAGGGUAGCGACUAGUUUGAGUCAGAACGGCCACGCCAAAGUAAGGGCAAGUGAAUCUACCCCGUCUCCUGGUGGUGGUAUAUCUCCAGCCAGGGAAUCCCUAUCCAGUGACAUGAUGGACGCACAUGAUAGUGGUCUGCCCCUGUAUCGAGAUGCCUGGGGAGAUUCAGAUCGACCAGCAAGUGCUGCACCUGCACCCAACAAUAGUGCGCUGCGACGAUCUCGCUUCUUGCACAGAAACAGUGAACCUGAUCUGACGUCCAAGUCCGCCGAACACAAAGAAUUGAGGCGAUCCAAACGCAAGCGUGCUUUUGGCUCCCUGUCGAAAGUGUUCAGUCGCAGCAGAAGUGGGAGCAAGAAGCUUGAUGGUGAGAGUUCGGACGACAAAAGUCAAGCCUCGUUUGACCAACUCUCAACAAGCAUCCACAACGGCAAUGGCAGUCCUGAGUUGUCUCCGCACGGUCUCAGCGAUGAACAACUGCAAGAACGGCAGCAAAUCCUUGAUGAGGCACGGGGCCAGCCAAUGGCACGAUGGCGCUCAUCAGCAGUGGUUGCGUGGCUGGAAGUUGUACUCAACAUGUCACAGUAUGCCAAGGCUUGCAUGGAGAACGUGAAGAGUGGCCGGGUGUUGAUGGGUAUGUCUGAUCAGGAGAUUGAGGAGGCUCUCCGAAUGACGAACGGGCUGCACAGGCGCAAGUUAAGGCUGGCCAUUGAAGAGCACAGGUCACCGGAAAGCUUGCUUUACCCGAAAGCCAGAGAUAUGGAUCAUGUGUGGGUAUCAACAGUAUGGAUGGCACAACUUGGUCUUGGUCAGCACAGUGAUGUCAUGUUUAGUAACCUGGCUGAUGGACGCGUUCUCAACAGCCUCACUCGCCGAGAGAUUGACAAGAUGCUGGGCAUCAACCGGCGGUUUCAUCAGGCUAGUAUGAUGUACGGCAUAGAUCUCUUGCGUGCACUGCAGUUCGACAAGCAGGUCUUGGUGCAUCGGCGUUCAAUGUGUGAAGAUGCCGACACCGACCCACUUGUGUGGACCAACCAGAGAUUUAUAAAGUGGGCGCGCAGCAUCGACCUUGGGGAAUACGCUAACAACCUUCAGAACAGUGGUGUCCAUGGUGCUAUCGUCGUGCUAGAACCCUCAUUCAGCUCUGACGCCAUGGCAACAGCACUGGGUGUACCGCCAUCGCGUACAAUGAUUCGGCGACACCUGUCAGAGGAACUCAACAGCCUUAUUGAGCCAGCAAGAUCGUCACUGGAAGUGAACCAUUUGACAAACGAGAAGGGUGGUCGUCGAGGAUCAAAGUCAGCAAACUCCCUUGGCCGCUCUUUUGUCCGGUCCUCUUCGGCAGUGGAAGAAAAAGAUGUACGGCGCAGAAGAAGCUUCAAGGACUCACUGGGCAGAGCACUGGGCCGACGCACCAAGUACACAUACGAAGUUGAAGAUCAGUCCAACCAGCAUCAUCAGGGACAGUCGCUGUUUCACCAAAACCUUGUCCAGCAGCAGCAGCAGCAUGGAGCAAACAACUCCACUGUACAUCAUCACCAUACAUCGCCGCUCAUUCACAGCAACAGCAUCAGCAACAUUUCUAUGGCUGUAGCAGCUACUCAGAGCAUGACAGCAUCUCUGACAAUGGACCUGGAGACUACUACAGUUUAGAUCCUUUUAGACGGCGUCACCAAGCAGAGUGCAGCAAGUCUGAUAAGUCAGUUUCCCUAAAGAAUGUCCACUCGAUUACCACUCAUUGUACUAUUUGCUUAUCUCCAGUACAAUAGGUUUUUUUUUGUCACGCGGCUCCGUGGUGGAACAGGUUGCUGCCGCAUUUGUUGGACAUUAAAAGAUCAUUAAUGAUUUUGCAAACAACCCAGGUCUAAUCCCCAAUGGUUAUGACUGCUCAUUAUAAUUGCUUCACAAGACGAUCCUUGAAAAUCAAGAAACUUUCUCUGAUUUACCCUGUAAACUGUAACGGUGUUCAUUUGAGACAGCAUGAAGACUUUCCCUUCACUUGUUUCUUUUUAUUGCCUUUUAUGAUACUAAAAUGUCAAUGGUAGCUCAUACCUCCAGUAAAACCUAUGAAUCUUGAUUAUCUAAUAUAACGGUCAAAAGGGUAGUAUUACACUGUAGAUCUAUCUAUAUUACACUGUAGAUCUAUCUAUAUUACACUGUAGAUCUAUCUAUAUUGCGCUUCAGGAACUGUACUAUAGGCAUGUGAUAAUUUUGAUAGCUGUGUGCAUGUGUGCGGUAGCUUUGUGCAUGUGUGCGGUUAUCUGCUCUAAUGACUACCAUGAAAACAAAAUUCUUACCACACUAGAA